AUGAAGCUCUCGUCUACGUUGGCUAUAGCUGCAUUGGCUGCGCAGGCUGCUGGUGCUGCGUUGAGCCAUAAGCUUGAUGGGUUUACAAUUACUGAGCAUCCGGAUCCUGUGAAGCGAGCUCUGUUGCAGAAAUAUGUCACCUGGGAUGAGCACUCCCUCUUCAUCAAUGGGGAGAGGUUGAUGGUGUUCAGCGGUGAAGUCCAUCCCUUCCGUCUGCCCGUUCCAUCUCUGUGGAUUGAUAUCCUUCAGAAAAUCAAAGCUCUCGGCUUCAAUGGUGUCUCAAUCUAUAUCGAUUGGGCUCUUCUCGAGGGUAAACCGGGUCACUACCGUGCGGAUGGAAUCUUUGAUCUCGAGCCAUUCUUUGAGGCUGCCAAGGAGGCUGGAAUCUACCUACUUGCGCGACCUGGGCCUUACAUUAAUGCGGAGGUUUCUGGUGGAGGCUUUCCUGGUUGGCUCCAGCGAGUCAAUGGCACCCUACGAACUAGCGACGAGGCCUACUUGAAGGCAACCGAUAAUUACGUUUCCAACAUUGCUGCCACCAUUGCCAAAGCGCAAAUCACCGAGGGCGGCCCGGUCAUUCUCUACCAGCCUGAAAAUGAAUACUCUGGCGCUUGCUGCGGAGUGGACAACUUCCCCGAUGCUCCUUACAUGCAAUAUGUUGAAGACCAGGCCCACAAGGCCGGAAUUGUGGUUCCUUUGAUUAGCAAUGAUGCCUAUGCUGGUGGUCACAAUGCCCCUGGAACUGGUGAAGGCGAGGUCGACAUCUACGGACAUGACAGUUAUCCCCUAGGAUUCGAUUGUGCCAACCCGAGUGUCUGGCCUGACGAUGCUCUGCCCACCUACUUCCAUGAAUCUCAUCUGGAACAAAGCCCCUCAACCCCGUACUCUCUAGUUGAGUUCCAAGGCGGUGCCUUCGAUCCAUGGGGAGGAAACGGCUUCGAUGCCUGCGCCGCGCUUGUCAAUCACGAAUUCGAGAGAGUAUUUUACAAAAAUGACUUUAGCUUCGGUGUUGCUUUCCUGAAUUUAUAUAUGACAUUUGGCGGUACGAACUGGGGUAACUUGGGUCACCCUGGUGGAUACACAUCCUAUGAUUAUGGCUCCCCCAUCUCCGAGUCCCGCAAUGUGACGCGUGAAAAGUACAGUGAAUUGAAGCUUCUCGGAAACUUCGCCAAGGUUUCUCCGUCGUACUUGGUGGCCACCCCCGGCAAUGCCACCAACGCUACCUAUACGAACACCGCCGACCUCACUGUCACGCCAUUGCUCGGAAGUAACAGCACUGCAUCGUCUUUCUUCGUGGUUCGACAUGCAAACUACUCUUCCCCCAACUCUGUUGACUACAAGCUCAAGGUUCCCACCAGUGCUGGAGACCUCACUAUUCCCCAACUUGGAGGUAGUCUGACGCUGAGCGGUCGCGAUUCGAAGAUCCAUGUUGUGGACUACGAUGUUGCCGGUACGAACAUUCUAUACUCAACUGCUGAAGUUUUCACAUGGAAGAAGUUCGGCAAUGAGAAGGUUCUUGUGUUGUAUGGUGGCCCUGACGAGCACCACGAGCUUGCGGUUUCUGGUAAGGCUUCGGCUUCGGUUGUUGAGGGCUCGUCGUCAGGUAUCACCACCAAGAAGAAGGGCAAUGCCGUCGUCAUUGCUUGGGAUGUAUCUUCCACCCGCCGCAUUGUCAAGGUUGGCGAGCUAACUAUCCUACUCCUCGACCGAAACUCUGCCUACAACUACUGGGUUCCUCAGCUCCCUGCAUCAGGCAAGGCCCCAGGAUACAGCACCCAGAAGAACACUGCCUCGUCUAUUAUCAUCAAGGCUGGCUAUCUCGUGCGAACCGCCUACCUUGAUGGAAGUGAUCUCCACAUUACGGCCGAUUUCAAUGCUACCACCCCAAUUGAAGUGAUCGGCGUCCCAUCAAAGGCCAAGAACCUGGUGAUCAACGGCGAAAAGUCCCACGUCAAGGUCGAUAAGAAUGGAAUCUGGACUACCAGCGUGAAGUACUCUGCCCCCAAAAUCAAGCUCCCAACCCUGAAGAGCUUGAAGUGGAAGUCCAUUGAUACCCUCCCGGAAGUCAAGAACACUUACGAUGAUUCUGCCUGGACUUCUGCCGACCACGCCUAUACCAACAACAGUGUCAAUCCUCUCAAGACUCCCAAGUCUCUAUACUCUUCCGACUACGGCUUCCACACUGGAGCACUCGUCUACCGUGGACACUUCGUCGCCAACGGCAAUGAGAAGGACAUAUUCCUGCACACGCAAGGUGGCUCGGCAUCUGGCAGCUCGGUGUGGAUAAAUGAGACAUACGUAGGCUCCGCGGUUGGAAUCGACGCAGCCUCAGAUUCCAAUGCUACCUACACUCUGCCAAACCUCAAGUCAGGCAAAUCCUACGUGAUCACCGUGGUCAUCGACAACAUGGGCCUUGACGAGAACUGGACCGUCGGCCAAGAAGAAAUGAAAAACCCUCGUGGAAUUCUCGCCUACGGCCUCUCCGGCCACUCCGCCAGCGCAAUCACCUGGAAGUUGACCGGCAACCUGGGCGGCGAGGAUUACCAGGAUACCGUGCGAGGCCCACUUAACGAGGGUGGUCUCUACGCCGAGCGCCAGGGCUUCCACCAGCCUCAACCUCCAACGCAGAAAUGGAGUUCUGGCAGCCCGUUCACUGGUCUGUCGAAGCCGGGCAUUCAAUUCUACAGUACAAGCUUUGAUCUGGACCUGCCCAAGGGCUGGGAUGUCCCGCUGUAUUUCAACUUCGGGAACACUACCGCACCCCCGGCUGCUUAUCGGGCUCAGCUGUAUGUUAAUGGAUACCAGUAUGGCAAGUAUGUCAACAAUAUUGGCCCGCAGACCAGUUUCCCUGUUCCUGAGGGUAUUCUGAACUACCGUGGUACCAAUUGGCUGGCUUUAAGCCUGUGGGCCCAGGAGGAUGGUGUGAAGCUUGAAUCUUUUGAAUUGGUUCAUACCACUCCUGUUCUUACUUCUUUGGGUGAGAUCGAGUCUGUGGAUCAGCCUAAGUAUCAUUCUCGCCGUGGCGCUUAUUAG